AUGGCCGAGCAACUCGUACUCCGUGGCACCCUCGAGGGCCACUCCGGCUGGGUCACCUCCCUGGCAACCUCCCUGGAGAACCCCAACAUGCUCCUAUCCGGAUCGCGCGACAAGACUCUGAUCAUCUGGAACCUGACCCGCGACGAGACCUCCUACGGUUACCCCAAGAGGAGUCUGCACGGUCACUCCCACAUUGUCUCCGACUGUGUCAUCUCCUCUGACGGCGCCUACGCUCUUUCCUCAUCGUGGGACAAGACCCUCCGCCUCUGGGAGCUCUCCACUGGUGUCACCACCCGCCGCUUCGUCGGCCACACCAACGACGUUCUCUCCGUCUCCUUCUCCGCCGACAACCGCCAGAUCGUCUCCGGAUCGCGCGACCGAACCAUCAAGCUCUGGAACACCCUCGGUGACUGCAAGUACACCAUCACCGACAAGGGCCACACCGAGUGGGUCUCGUGCGUCCGCUUCUCCCCCAACCCCCAGAACCCCGUCAUCGUCUCUGCUGGUUGGGACAAGCUCGUCAAGGUCUGGGAACUCGCUUCCUGCCGCAUCCAGACCGACCACAUCGGUCACACCGGUUACAUCAACACCGUCACCAUCUCGCCCGAUGGCUCCCUCUGCGCCUCCGGUGGUAAGGACGGAACCACCAUGCUGUGGGACCUGAACGAGUCCAAGCACCUCUACUCUCUCUCCGCUGGUGACGAGAUCCACGCCCUUGUCUUCUCCCCCAACCGCUACUGGCUGUGCGCUGCCACCGCCUCCAGCAUCAUCAUCUUCGACCUCGAGAAGAAGUCCAAGGUUGACGAGCUCAAGCCUGAGUACAUGGAGGUUGGCAAGAAGAGCCGGGAGCCCGAGUGUGUCUCCUUGGCCUGGAGCGCCGACGGCCAGACCCUGUUCGCCGGAUACACCGACAACCGUAUCCGCUGCUGGGGUGUCAUGGCGAGGGGAUAA